CGGACACAUCAAUAUAACCUAAAACAAAACAUCAUAAGUAUAACAUUAACAGCACACACCCAAUGGCAAAGCAACAACUGUUGAUGCUGGGAAUCAGGGCGAGCUUUCACACUCUCUCCGCCGUGCUUGUAGCCGGAGUAAUAUUCACUACUGUGUUUUUGUCCCGAAAGGUUUUACCAAAGGAACAUCCUCAAAGCGACGGUGCUCCAAACGUCGAAGACGGUAGAGACUGUAAUUUGUUCGAAGGAAAAUGGGUAUUUGAUAAUGAGUCAAACCCUAUUUAUAAAGAAGAAGAGUGCAAGCUCAUGUCUGAUCAGUUGGCUUGUGAAAAGUUUGGAAGACAAGAUUCGAGUUACAAAUUCUGGAGGUGGCAACCUCACACGUGCAAUCUUCCCAGGUUUAAUGCGACGAAGUUGCUGGAGAGUCUAAGAAAUAAGAGGAUGGUGUACGUAGGAGACUCCUUGAACAGAGGCCAAUGGGUAUCCAUUGUGUGUAUGGCUAGUUCUGUCAUUAAAAACCCAAAGUUGAUGCAUAUGCACAACAAUGGCUCUAACCUCAUCAGCUUCAAAUCUCUAGAAUAUAAUGCUACAAUAGAUUUUUAUUGGGCUCCCUUGCUGGUGGAAUCCAACUCGGACGAUCCAACAAACCACAGGUUACCCGAACGGAUUGUUCGGAUCCAAUCGAUAGAGAGACAUGCGAGGCAUUGGACGGAAUCUGAUAUCAUUGUCUUAAACUCUUAUUUAUGGUGGAGAAUGCCUCAUAUCAAGACACUGUGGGGGUCGUUUGAGACGUUAGAUGGAACAUACAAAGAAGUGGAGAUGGUGAGAGUUUACGAGAUGGCUUUGCAAACAUUAUCUCAGUGGUUAGAAGUUCACGUUAACUCCAACCGUACCAAACUUUUCUUCAUGUCCAUGUCUCCCACCCAUGAAAGGGCUGAAGAAUGGGGAGGCAAAACUAAUCAGAACUGUUACGGAGAAACAAGUUUAAUAGAUAAAGAAGGAUAUAAUGGAAGAGGGUCGGAUCCAAAGAUGAUGAGAGUUGUAGAAAAUGUACUUGACGGGCUAAAAAGGCGAGGACUGAACAUGCAUAUGAUAAACAUUACGCAGCUAUCGGAGUAUAGAAAAGACGGUCACCCUUCGAUAUACAGAAAACAAUGGGAGCAGUUGAAGGAAGAUCAAGUCUUGGAUCCAAGUAGUUACUCAGAUUGUAUACAUUGGUGUUUGCCUGGAGUUCCUGAUGUCUGGAAUCACCUCCUUUAUGCUUAUAUUGUUGAUAACCACCACUCUACUUGAUAACUCUUCUUACAUCUUUUAUUUUCCUUUCUUAUACUCCACUUCAAUUGUACAGCUGAUUUACACAUUUACACUUAACCUUCAAUUAAUCCUUGCACAACGUUUCCACCUGUUUUUCUUAAUUUGUCUUUCCUUGUAAUAAUAUUGAUGAUUUUUCUGCGUCA